UCGUUGACGUGUAUUAUUUCUGACGUUUAUUUUAUGGGGUACACAUCAUUGCGAAAAUAAGUUUUAAAUUAAAUAUUGCUUGUAAUACGUGUACAAACAACAGUAUCAGUAAAUAAGUUACAAAUAGUAUCGUUAUGGUCUUAAUUCUGAUACGAUUUUGAAGAAAUUUGGGUUAUUUGAGUGAUUAGAAAAGACUGAUAAAAUUGUAGUAACAAUGGGUCUUACAAUAUCUGCAGUAUUUAAUAGAUUAUUUAGCAAAAAACCCAUGAGAAUACUAAUGGUUGGACUCGAUGCGGCAGGUAAAACAACAAUUUUAUACAAAUUAAAACUAGGAGAAAUUGUUACAACUAUUCCUACAAUUGGGUUUAACGUCGAAACUGUGGAAUAUAAAAACAUUUCCUUUACGGUUUGGGACGUAGGCGGUCAGACGAAAAUCAGAAAACUUUGGAGACAUUAUUUCGCUAACACCGAUGGGUUGAUAUUCGUCGUCGAUUCCAACGAUAGAGAUCGUAUUGCAGAGGCUGAACAAGAGUUACAUAAUAUGUUAGGUGAAGAAGAUUUGAGGGACUCCAUUUUAUUAAUAUUUGCUAAUAAACAAGAUUUACCUAAUUCGAUGUCUACUGCUGAGUUAACUGAUAAAUUGCAGUUGAAUACUAUGAAGAACAGACGGUGGUAUAUUCAAGCUACUUGUGCUACUCAAGGUAGUGGUUUGUAUGAAGGACUUGAUUGGUUAUCUAACGAAUUGGCUAAAUAAUUUUAGUAUGCUGAAUUUAAAACUUUAAUUUACCUACUAAAAAUAUUUUUAAAAACAUUAUUACUUAGUUUGUAAUUAUAAUUAAAAUUUAAACAUA